UGUAUAUUGACAGUUGGGAAACUUCGCGAAUCAUAGAAUUUCCAUUGCCGCUUCUUAUUCAGACUCUGUUUUCGUUGCUUCUUCUAAGUUCUGAUCUCUGUUUGUUUGUUCUUCCCACGGUUCAACCUUUUUCUCCAUUGAGACUUUAACUUUUUGCGAGUAAAUUUAUAGCUAUAUAUAAAGUUCAUGCGUGGACUCGUUGCACUUCUACUGCUGCGUGCCAAAAACAGGUUCAAGCCAAUGUACCCAGUGAAUGGAUCACGAGGUAUAUUGGCGACAUCAACACCUAAAAAACAAGAUAAGAAUGAAUCUGGCGAAAUCGGGCUAGCAACUAAAGAGAUGAUUGACCCUAUAGUCGCCUAUAGCCGGCCUCCCCCACUUCCUCCUGUUAUAGGACCUUUGGUUGCUCUCUCACUGUUGGAUACAUGGUGGAACCGCAAAGCCGAUGAUGACGGCAAGUGAUGUGAGAUAUCAUACCCUCUACUUAAAUAUAUUCUUAGAAAUAAACAUAGCAACACUGAAUGCAUAGCUAAUCAAUCGUAUCAUGAAGCUCCAUAGCUUUAUGUAGCCAUCUAGUAUUGGAUUAAGGAAAGGUGCUACAAAUAUGUUGUAAAUUUUCAACAUCCAUAUUAGUAUUGAAUGAGGUCUUCUUAAAAACCCUGCAGAAACAUACACAUAUGUUAAUGAAUAUUUUUCGGUUGAAUUGAAAUGAAGUAAAUGUAAAAUCUAUGAGUUCUGACCCA